AGCGGCGCUGCACUGGAUGCACUAGUGAGAACGAAGGGAGAGAAACCCUGAGCUCUGUGGCCUGGCCGUAGCAGGCUGGGAUCCGGAGCAGAGGGGCGCCCUGGAGCCGCAGGCCAGCAUUUUUCCGGUCCCCAAAGGAAAGCGUACCUUGCUCUCCCCAGCUACGCAGGCGCCAGGCUCACACCCCUUCCCCCGGGCCCUUGGAGGGAAACUAAGGGCAAAGGCCAGGGUAAGGGCAGGGGCUUCCAUUCAGCUUCACUUUGCAGUGCCCAUGUGCAGCUGCGCCACACUUGCGCACUGGGGGCGCCCGAGGAGUUCGCACAUGCACAGUAGCGGAAAGGGACACAUUUUGAGAGCGGGCAGUGUUUGCUACCACGGUGCGGCUCGGGGAACUCCUCGCUGCUCACUCGGGGAGUGGCCCCUGGCGCUGGUGGACCAGGAGCAGCUAGGAGCGUCCCUUAACUCUGCUUAGCUAGGGAGAGCCCGCUGCCUGGUAGGGGCAGGAGCUGCUGGAGCGGGAGCUGCCGGAGGAGCCCCAAACUCUGCCUAGCGGGAGGGAGCCCCCUGGAGCUGCCCGGAGCAGGAAGGGGAUUUUCGGAAGUUUAAGCUCUAUUAUUCCUAUUUAAAAUGCCUAAAAAGAAGCCUAUGCCCAUUCAGCUGAACCCGACCCCAGAUAGCUCCACCAUCAAUGGGACCAGCACUGCAGAGUUUUUCUUUGGAGGGAGCAGUCAGCUGACAAAUUUAGAGGCGCUGCAGAAGAAGCUGGAAGAGUUAGAAUUGGAUGAGCAGCAACGUAAACGUCUUGAAGCUUUCCUUACUCAGAAGCAAAAGGUUGGGGAACUGAAGGAUGACGACUUUGAGAAAAUCAGUGAACUGGGAGCAGGAAACGGCGGCGUGGUCUUCAAGGUAUCACACAAACCUUCUGGCCUCAUUAUGGCAAGAAAGUUAAUUCACUUGGAGAUCAAGCCAGCUAUUCGAAACCAGAUCAUUCGUGAGCUACAAGUUCUACAUGAAUGUAACUCUCCAUACAUAGUGGGCUUUUACGGAGCUUUUUACAGUGAUGGGGAGAUCAGCAUUUGCAUGGAACACAUGGAUGGCGGGUCCUUGGAUCAAGUACUGAAAAAAGCUGGAAGAAUCCCAGAGCAGAUUUUGGGCAAAGUUAGCAUUGCUGUAAUAAAAGGUCUCACAUAUUUGAGAGAAAAACAUAAGAUAAUGCAUAGAGAUGUUAAACCAUCUAACAUUUUGGUAAACUCUAGAGGUGAAAUCAAGCUUUGUGAUUUUGGUGUCAGUGGACAACUGAUAGAUUCAAUGGCAAACUCAUUUGUUGGGACGCGGUCCUACAUGUCUCCGGAAAGACUCCAAGGUACUCAUUAUUCAGUGCAGUCAGACAUCUGGAGUAUGGGAUUGUCACUGGUAGAAAUGGCCAUUGGCAGAUACCCAAUUCCCCCUCCUGAUUCCAAGGAGCUGGAGCUGAUGUUUGGCUGCCCUGUGGAGGGAGAUUCUCCAGUUUCUGAGACUUCACCCAGGCAAAGAACACCUGGCCGACCAAUGAGCUCCUAUGGACCAGACAGCAGGCCUCCAAUGGCAAUCUUUGAACUUCUGGACUACAUCGUCAAUGAGCCUCCUCCAAAAUUGCCCAGUGGUGUUUUCAGUCCUGAAUUUCAAGAUUUUGUGAACAAAUGCUUAAUAAAAAAUCCAGCAGAGAGAGCAGAUUUGAAGCAACUCAUGAUUCAUGUUUUCAUUAAGAGAUCUGAAGCUGAGGAAGUGGAUUUUGCAGGAUGGCUUUGUUCGACUAUAGGUCUCAACCAGCCUAGUACACCCACGCAUGCUGCUGGAAUUUGAAUAUUGACAGCAAAUCUUGUACUGUACAUCUGUUAAAACAAUGCUAUUUUGGUCUCAUUUCUCAAGCUUGUAUCUGUUCAAAUAUGUAUUUCACCUCUUAAGGAAGGAAGUCUGUUCUAGCAUGUGCCAAAUCCUGUUUGUUUUUAAAUUUGUCCUAAAUUAGUGUAUUGGAUUACUUUUACUGACCAAAAUGUUUGAGAUGUUGAAAUUAUAGUGCUUGCUGAUUAAGUGAACUUGGAUAUUUUUUGUAAUGGAAAUCUCACUGGGGGUACUUAGUCCCAGAUUGUUUGAGGUCUAUCAGGAUUCCUUGUAAGUUGGUGGUACUGUACUUCAAUCAUGCUUAUCUAGUCUCCCAUACAAGGUUGUGAGAGAUCCUCCUAAACAAUAUUUGUCAAGCAUGCUUUCGCUGUUAUCAAAAUGUGCAUCUCAAAGUUAGUCAUAAUGGUUCUGAUUUUGCUUUUGUGUAGAGAACUCUUCCUGGUUAAAAGGGCAAGAGUCCUGUAUUGCCAUGAAACACAAGGUAUCAUGACUACUUUUAGACUUCUGUUUAUAUUUCUAUAUUUAUUUUUAAAUGUACUGUCAUACUUGGGAUUGUUUAGUAGUAUAUGUCUCCUUUAAUUGGUAUUUUUUAAAAAGUAGCUUUUUUUGAAUGUCCUAUAGACUCAAGAGCUAAAAGUGCAUCAGACUUGCUUCCUUUUAACCCAACUAAAGAAGACUUAUGACAACUGUGUGUAUAGUGUCUAAAAUGUAUGAAAAUCCUUUUAAUUACUUAUUCUUUCAGAUGGUUAGCAGUUUAAUCUCUUAUACUAAUAAAUAUAUUAUCAAGUAACUUUAGAGGAUGGGUAUUUUUAAAUUUUUCAGUGUAAGUUGGGAGUAAUUGGAAUUUAACUGACACCACGCAGGGCGGGUGAAACAGCUGUUUAAAUAUGUUCAGGAAAUAAGCACCUGUUUGAUACUAUUGUGUUACAUAAACCCCUUCCAAUUACCAUAAGCGCACAUAGGCCUUUUCUCCUGACUUUUCUCUGUCUCAUGUUGAAGUGAACUGGAAUCCAAUCCUUUUUUUUCAACACAGAUAAUGCACUCACCUGGGUCAGCUUGAAAAAGGAGUUCAAUACUAGCCUCUCUCUAACAGCAUCACAUACCCUAUUUCUGAACAGAGCACUCUUUUCUUACACAUUAGGUAGAGGCUCAGGCCUUCAGUUUACAUUUUGUCUCUAGCGCUGUGCUGAAACCAUUGCCUGUGUUUUGGUGCCAAUGUGCACCGUAAGAAGUGUUGUUUACUCCUUCUCAUAAGAACUAUGGGUCACUACAUAACAUUAAUAGGCAACAGGUUUAAAACAAACAUUUCUUCACAACAUCAGGCACAGAGUGCCACAGGUUGACUAAGACUAUAACUAGGUAAGUUCAUGGAGGAUAGGUCCAUCAGUGGUUAUUAGCCAGGAUGGGUAUGUGGUGUCCCUAGCCUCCAUUUGCCAGAAACUUGGAAUGGAUCACUUGACUACCUGUUCAGUUAUUCCCUCAGAAGCAGCUGGCAUUGGCCACUGUCAAAAGACAGGAUACUGGGCUAGAUGGACCAUUGGUCUGACCCAAUAUGGCUAUUCUUAUAAUCACAUGUUCCUGUUGCUGCAAUUUGCACCUGCUGUGUGAAAUCAGAUGCUGGUUCAAUUGUAGCAUCUGGUAGGUAGGUUGUAUUAACAGUGUCCCCUCUCAUUCUGCCUGCUCCUGUGGGAGAUGAGGGACUUUGUUUCUGCCCUUCCUUAGCUGGUGUUGUUAGGUGCUAUUUUGCAAGUGUUGUCCAGGAGUCUGAUGUGUACCUUGACCCUGUACUGUACACGCUUUACUGAACUCUCCCAAAUUAUGUAGCAUGAACCCUGCAUAUGUGAGACUGGUGUGAGAAAAAAAUAUUCUGUGUACACAAGUAGACUCACUAACUCAAUCAUCAGAAAACAAAUAAUGGACAUUUGAGGGCACCAUUUCCCAUUGUCAACUGAGUUUAAGAAGCCAGUUUUGACUGCUAAAAGCAGUCCCUACCCCAUUAUAUUUUGUGAGGAUUGUUGCAUGUUUAAUAUUUGCUCAGCUGUUUUAAAAAUGUCCUUUUUCCAGAGGAAACUGUGUUGCCCUUUCUAUUAGCAUCUGGUGCUAUUCAGUGAGAGCAUUUUGCAGAAAGACAGCAAAAAGCAAAACACAACCACCACCAAAAACCAAGUGAUUGGGAAAUCUUAUGAAAACAGACAGAUUUCUAGAGCUUUCUGGUUCCAGCUGGGCCAAAAAUACUCAAGACAGCCUUUCUUGUGGUAAUCUCACAUUCUGUCUCAGCAGCAACCCAGAAGUGCAGAGGCAGGUGAAUUUAAAGAUCACCCACACUUAAACAUUUGAGAGAGGUUUGUUAAGAGGAAUGGGAAAAGAUCUGAAUCACUGUUUACCUUAUCUGAACCUGUUUGGGCAUUUAGACUCUUAUCAAGGAAUGAUAGGGAUAGAAUAGGUAUAAGAUCAGUAAUAACUUUCCCUAGAAGCAAUUUUAAGAACAGCAUACACGCUCUUUCAAAUUAAUUUUACCUUUAAAAAACACAUUGAAAAGUAGAAAACCUUUUGCAGUAUACAAGACAUCCUAUGCUUAUGCUUGGAAAGAUUAGACUUUCAUUGG